GUACCAUGGCGGAUAGCAGCGAAGUGACGACUACGCCAUGGGCAGACGUGGCGCCUGCCAAUGCUCAGAGCAACAUGGACCGCGUUAUGUCCGGCUGGUUCACCGAGGUCAGUCCUAUGUGGCCUGGCCAGGCAAUGUGUCUGCAGGUGGAGAAGGUGCUGUUCCAUCAGAAGAGCGACUUCCAAGACGUGAUGGUGUUCAAGUCCAGCACCUAYGGCAACGUCCUGGUCCUYGAUGGCGUCAUCAAUUUAACAGAGAGGGAUGAGGCUGCUUAUCAAGAGAUGAUCGUGCAUCUUCCUCUGUGCUCCAUCUCAAACCCGAGGAGAGUUCUUGUCGUUGGCGGCGGCGACGGCGGGGUGCUGCGGGAGGUGGCGCGCCAUGCUUCCAUCGACACCAUCGAUCUUGUCGAGAUUGAUAAAAUGGUAAUCGAUGUGGCRAAGGAGUUCUUCCCGAAUGUGGCCGUGGGCUUUUCUGACCCCAGAGUAAACAUCCACGUYGCCGAYGGUGUGGCUUUUCUCAGGGAUGCGGUUCCAGGUGUCUACGAUGCCAUCAUCGUGGACUCGUCGGAUCCUGUCGGCCCCGCGCAGCAGCUGUUCGAGAGGCCCUUUUUYGAGAGCAUGGCGAGAGCUCUGCGGCCCGGAGGUGUAAUCUGCACGCAGGCGGAGAGCCUUUGGGCGCACCUCGGGGUCAUCGUGGGCAUUGCCCGUACGUGUAGGGAGGUGUUCAAAGGUGAGGUGAAUUAUGCCUGGACCAGCGUUCCGACCUAUCCUUGCGGCACCAUUGGAUUCAUGCUGUGCUCAAAGGAGGGCGGCCCGCCUGUGGAUUUCCGGCAUCCGUGCACGCCGGUGGAGAGAAUGUUGGGUGCCACCUCCCAUGCCCAUGCCGAUGCCUCGUCAGCGGGCGAAGGCAAGGAUGAGGAUUCGGCGGCAGCAGCGGCAAAUGUGGAGAAUGGAGGAUCGACUGCGAUCCCACUACCCCCGUUGUCGUACUACAAUUCAGACAUUCACACGGCGGCGUUCUGUCUGCCGCAGUUUGCGAGGGAAGCUUUGGAUCCGGUCCUCACACCCAAAUCUCGGUAAUUUGGUUGUGCGAGCUGGACCAGGGGAUCGGCCAAGGAGCCGUUUUUCUGACCGUGUGGUUUGCCGGCGGUUCCCGAAAGGAUCAUAGCGACCAGAAGGGCGUGAGGAGCAACCCAAGAAGCGGGUUUUCUCUUCUACUUCGAGACUUGCAGAAGAAGACCAUUCGGCACAUCCUCCGCGGUGGACCACGAGAAAGGGGUUUUGCCCUCCAUUGUUGAGGGUAGGGGAGGGAGAAAGCCGAACCACGGUCACUUGAAGAAAGAGUAUGUAGUAGUCGUUGCCUGCUGACGUUGCGGCUGGGUGAUGCAGUGAAUUGAUUGGUUCACCGCGUUGGGCGUCGCUUCUUGCUGGCCAGCAGAGUCACAAACUUAAUCAAGUAUUCAAUCACCCUGAUUCGUGCUGGGCCGCUCUCCAUUAUUUCUACGACAUGCCCCACUUCCUCUCCUCCGGCUCGUCUUUUCCACUUUUUUUCUUGCAUGUGAUGUUAGAGCCCGGCAGUUUCACGGUGGCUACGCUGGCGGCGCUGCUGCCAUGGGGUUGUGGGUUCCCAUGCAAGGUUGUCCCCAGGCGCUGCUGCCAUAGGGUUGUGGGUUCCCAUGCAAGGUUGUCCCCAGGCAGUUUUGCGGUGGCCGUUACACUGGCCGCUCUUCUGCCAUGGCGGUGUGGGAUUUUGGUGUGUGCCACAGAGAGAGAGAGAGAGAGAGAGAGAGAGAGAGAGAGAGAGAGAGAGAGAGAGAGAGAGAGAGAGAGAGAGAGAGAGAGAGAGAGAAACCUCAAGACUUUCUGGGAGUCCUUCAGUUUGAUUAUCUGUUUGUCACUCGUCAACUUUUUUUAACAAUCUGUAAUUUUCUGUAUUUGAUGGUUCGUGUGCUGCAGGUGCGACAACUGCUUAAUGGGCUCCCUCGUUGCCCAUCUCGGUUCCCACCAGCUCUUGGUUCUGGGUCUUUUUCAUGUUAUUCAUUAUUUGUCUCUCGCACUAUACUUUUUACACAAUGUGUAAUUUAUGCUGUAUUUGCCGGCCAUGCGGCGUGUGUGACUGUGGACAACUUCAUGUGCCUUCUUUGCCACAGUCUUCUGUUGUAUGCGAGCAGCGGCGACGGGGGCGGCAUCGGCGGAGUUGGUAGCUGCAGUACUGCUUCCUCCUCCUCGCUCUCCUUCGUUGUUUUGAGGAUAGGAGUACCAUGGCGGAUAGCAGCGAAGUGACGACUACGCCAUGGGCAGACGUGGCGCCUGCCAAUGCUCAGAGC